AUGGCUUUCAUCCACUGCGGGUCGGAAGAGUGUGUAAAGUCCGAGCUCGACCUGUUCCAGAUAGCCCCUACCCAGACCAGCAUUGAGAAAAGCGUAUAUAUCGAGGUUCCGCCCCUCUCGGCCCUCACGGGGUCAGCACCUCUAGAGUUUUUCAUAGCCGGGAAUGGUGAAGAUUACCUUGAUUUAAACAAUACUCUCUUGUAUGUGAAAUGUAAAAUUACUCAAGAAGAUGGUACCGACAUCGCACAGAAUGCUAGAGUGGCACUGGUGAACUACCCAAUUGCUUCCAUUUUCAGUCAGCUGGAUGUUACCCUAGGCGACCGGCUCAUCAGCCAGAGUAACAACUGUUAUCCCUACAGGGCUCUCAUUGAAACAGUGCUCAACUACAGCUUUGAAACCCUAUCUACCCAAUUUUCUUCAGGCGGAUUUUAUAAGGAUACAGCGAGUCUGAUGGACAGCACCCUGCUGAACCAAGGUAACAAAGGAUUUGCCAAAAGGGCGUUGCUGGCAGCCGAAAGCAAAACAGUAGACCUUUUAGGCCAUCUCCACGCCGAUAUAUUUUUUCAAGAAAAGCUGCUCUUAAAUGGCGUGGAUGUCAAAAUCAAACUAGCUCGUAACAAAGACUCUUUCUGCCUGAUGAGUGGCGAGGGGGCUGCAAUGCGCUAUAAGCUCCACAUGGAUUCUGCUGCGCUCUUUGUGAAGAAAGUGAAAGUAGCCCCAGGCGUACGGCUGGCCCACGCUGAGGCUCUGCUGACAUCCACAGCAAAAUACCCUGUGGACCGUGUCGACAUGAAGGUGUUCAGCAUCCCUACUGGUGCUCGCGUGAGCAACCAAGACAACCUGUUUUUGGGACAGCUCCCCAAAAUGGUGGUCAUGGGGCUCGUGGACAAUGACGCUUUCAGCGGCGCCUUCACCAAAAACCCUUUUCAUUUCCAACAUUACAACAUUAACUUUGUAGCCCUGUACGUGGACGGGGAGCAGGUCCCCUCCAAGCCCUUCCAGCCCGACUUUGAAGCCGGAAACAACGUGAGAGAAUACAUGAGCCUCGUGCAAACAGCGGGGAAGCACCUUCAGGACAGGCCCCUCCUGGUAGAUCGUGAAGAGUAUAGGCACGGGUACACCCUGUUUGCUUUUGACCUCUCUCCUGAUCAGGACUGCACCGGCCAUUACUCCCUGAUUAAAACCGGGAACCUGAGAGCAGAAAUACGUUUUGCUGCGGCCCUACCACGAACCGUUAAUUUGAUUGUGUAUGGGGUGUUUGAUAAUGUCAUAGAGAUCAACCACAACCGUAACGUGCUUUUUGAUUACAUGUAA